AUGGAAGUCCCAGAGACUUUCACCCAGCUGUCGUUGAAUAUAGAUCCCGCCAGCAAGGCCAUCAGUUGCGAUGACCCAAAUCUAUCGUCAGACAUAGAAGAACUCAACAAGCUCCACCGGAACAUUGUAGGACUCGACACACCAAAUCAAAUACCACUCCCACCAAUGCCAGUCAACCCAAAGCGCAGCGUCCAAAUCACGAAACUUCGAGAAAGUGGCAAUGCCGCUUACAAGAAGGGCACUUUCCCGGAAGCCAUCAAUCUUUACAACCUCGCCAUUCGCAUGGCCUCAGAUCGGCCGACAUGGGAAGCAAGCGGACUUGUGCGUGAAGAGCUUAGUGCGCUGUACGGCAAUCGAGCGCAGGCUUUCAUUGCGCAACAGAACUGGGCAGAAGGUGCUGUGGAUGCGGAGUGCAGUGUUGAGCUGAAGCGGGUGGGCAAUAUCAAGGGUUGGUGGAGAAGAGGGCACUGUUUGAAGGAGAUGGGGAGGUUGGAGGAGGCUGCGGAAUGGGUGAAAACGGGGCUAGAAUUCGAGAAGGCCGGACCAGACAAGCAGAACGUUGGUGAGCUGGAGACUCUAAGCCGGGAUAUCAACAAAGCACUCGAGAAAUCAUGA